AUGGAGAAGAAAGGUGUUACUGAUAUAAUUGGUAAUGAAAUACUGAAAUCUUCAAUCGCAAUUGUUCCAAUUGAAUUCCGAUUACCAUCUUUAGCUAAUAGAAGUGUAUUUGCAAUAAAUAAUGCAGGCACCAUUAACAAAAACAACAGACUAUGGGAGGUUCCAGAAGAGGAAUUCAAUGUUGUGAUAGAUACUAAUCUGAAAGGAAUAGCAAAUAUGUUAUGCCACUUCAUUGCUCUUAUGAUUGAGAAAAAACAAGGGAUUCUUGUUAAUAUGUUGUCUGGGUGGGGAAGAUCUGCUGCAGCACAUGUUGCCCCUUAUUGUGCUUCAAAAUGGGCGGUUGAAGGUUUGACCAAGUCAGUGGCAAAAGAGCUGCCAGCUGGCAUGGAAAUUGUUGCAUUUAAUUCGGGCGUAAAAAACAGUAUGUUGCUAUAUCUUGCAUUGGUGGCUCCAAAGGCAGCUGAUAUGAUAUUAAAUCUUAUAGUAGCUGACAAUGGUGCUUUUCUUUCGGUAUAAAUAUAUGUUAACUUUAUAAAUUAAUAUUGAUAAGCAUAGCUGUUUUACUUU